AUGUCCAGCGAUUCUCGCGACUCGGCCAUCCGAGACGCGAAGCGAUACAUCCGCGAAAUCGUCCGAAAUGACUGGGCCUUUGAGCCGUCAACUUCCGGCCCCGACGGUUGCCGCCCUGCGUCUUCAACACCCGCGACCCCAGAGCAGCAGGUUGCAGAGUGGCGUCUGCGAGAAUUCGACAGCUCUGGCUCGGAGCUGGAGCCUGUUUCAUCGCCUGAGAUCGAGCCAGUGAGUCCCACUGCGGAACCGGAGCUGGAUUACGGCUUCGUGCUCGCUCCGCAGGAUGAGGGGCGGCGGAAGCGGCGCAGGCAGAUGGAGGAGGAAAUGAGCUGGAAUGAAGGAUUGCGAACUUGGUCGGCAAUGCGGGAUGCGUGGACUGGGGCACAGACGAGACGCCAGAUUCGGGCAAAGGAGAAGAGGAAACAAGCUGCGCGCGACGGUUCUGGGGAUAGUGAGGCUACUACUACUAUUACUGCACCGUCUCUUCCACCCAACGUUGACAAUGACAACACCCUUGCUGCAAAUACGGAGGCUUCACUUACCAUCGCCGAGAAAGCGAGCGCUGAAGCUCCAGAGCAACCAUCCGCGAAUGAGGAGCAAGGUGAAGAGCUGUCCGCAACUGCAGACCAAGCCGAGGAAGAAGCCAAAGGGAAAGAAUCCACCGAAACAGCCAUCACGGAGCCCGAUUCCAUGCCUACAUCUCCAUUGUCCCCAACCACCGACGGCCCCAAAGAAUCAGAGGAUCCUUUCAUUCCUGUCGUCCCGUCUCUCCUCUCCACGACUAACCCCAUUCGCGCCUCCAUCACCCCAUCCAUGUACCCCUCCAUCUACAGCAAGGUCGUGGUUCAGGGCCUCACCCCAACAGUACCCAUAAACCUAGCCGACGUCACCAAGGCCAUGGUCCAGGGCUGGAAAGCAGACGGCCAAUGGCCGCCCAAGCCCCAGAACAUCGUCCUUGCUGAUGAUGCUACAGUGCCGAAAAGCAGUGCCGCCAAUGGAGGAGCAGCGCAUGGUCAUGAGAGGAAGAAGUCCGGUGUCGCCAGUGCGGUGCGGAAGGUCCUCAACUUCUCCGGCUUCCAUCCGCAUCCAUUCCACCGUCGUGGGUCGAAUAGUACUAAUAACAAUAAUAAUAAUGAGCAGGCUGGGGAGGCUGCCUCUCCAGUUUAG